AUGUCAUUUCUGGAGGAUCUUGUGCCCGUUCUUUGGUCUGGUAAUUUCGGAGAGAAAAUUCGGGUUUAUUCAGACUCGUUAGUGCAGAACAUGUCCAAGUCAAUGUCAAGCAGCACGUGCGCGCAUGAAGACUCGUACGCUGGCUGCCGGGAUGACUCGUACGCGCUCGUCCUGAAGCUCGUGGCCAUUGCUGCUAUCCUUGCCGCUGGCAUUUGUGGUGUCUCUAUCCCUCUGGUGGGCAAGAAACGGCGCUUCCUACGCACGGAUUCCAACCUCUUUUCCGUUGCAAAGGCCUUUGCUGCGGGCGUGAUCCUGGCCACAGGCUUCGUCCAUAUUCUCCCGGAUGCCACUUCAGCGCUCAACAACCCAUGCCUCCCGAAAUAUCCUUGGUCCGAGUUCCCCUUCUCUGGGUUCAUCACCAUGAUGGCAGCCCUUGCCACACUGCUGGCUGACUUUGUCGGGACACAGUAUUAUAAGCAGAAGCAGGAGGGUGGCGUGAGAAGUCAGGUGAAUGGGGCAUCAAGUAGCAUGAUUGAGUCGGGGAAGGUGUUCGGUGAGGAGGAGGGUGGGGCGAUGCACAUUGUAGGGAUGCGAGCCCACGCGGCACACCAUGGGCACAGCCACCCGCAGGAGGAGGGAGCCUGUGCCGGCCACAGGCACAGACAUGGAGUUGAAGAUGAGGAUGAGGAAGGCGGGGUCAGGCAUAUUGUUGUCUCACAGGUUCUCGAGCUUGGGAUUGUUUCACACUCGGUGAUCAUUGGACUGUCUCUCGGGGUCUCACGCAGCCCGUGCACAAUCAGACCCUUAAUUGGGGCCUUGUCUUUCCACCAGUUCUUUGAAGGCUUUGCUUUGGGAGGGUGCAUCUCGCAGGCCAAAUUUCGUGGGCUCCACUCGACACUCAUGGCCUGCUUUUUUGCAGUGACGACCCCGCUUGGGAUAGCAGUCGGGAUCGGAAUCUCAUCGUUUUAUAAUGCAAACACUCCGCGGGCUUUGGUGGUGGAGGGUGUUUUGGACUCGAUAUCUGCUGGGAUUUUGGUGUAUAUGGCAUUGGUGGAUCUGAUCGCAGCCGAUUUCUUGAGCAAGAGAAUGAGCUGCAAUGUUAGACUGCAGGUGGUGUCUUAUUUUGUUCUGUUUCUAGGGGCGGUGUUGAUGUCUUCACUGGCUUUGUGGGCAUAG